AUGUUCAAAGUUAAUUUGAUUUUAAUAUUUAUUUGUGUCGAAAUAUAUUUCAUUAACUGCUACAUCAUCAAUAAUUCGCAGAGAAAUCCCUGGUCUGAUUUCGAUAUUGAACCAAGCGAUUUAUUCGUGUCUAAACUUUUACAUAUGGAAAAUUUAUUUCAGCAAGACAGUUCUCCUAUGAAUCCAUCAGAUGAAUCUGAUGGUCGCCCAAAUCAUUUUCAAAAACGGGGCCGACAAUGCUUAUGGAAAGUAUGUAGUUGGGCACUUGACAAGCGUUCACUUUCACCGAAUCCUGGUAAUAGUUUCUAA